ACUCUUCUCCCACUCGCUUGCCCUCUACUUCGCCUCGCAUGUCGCAUCAAACCUAGGUCAUUCCGUCCACCCGACGUCCUCGCCGUCGCCGUCGGCCUCGCACGGGCGGCGGAAGCCAUGUCGGACGUCAGCUGCGGCUGGGACUUCCUCGAGUUGGUGGGCCCAGACAUCAGCGCCUCCGUCUUCGGCCUCCUCGACAACCCCGCCGACCUCGUCCGCGCCGCCGCCGUCUCCCGGUCAUGGCGCCACCGCGUUGUGGAGAGCGGCAUGUGCAAGAGCCUGUGCCUCAAGAUGUGCCCGGAGGCGGCCGUCUUCACCAGCGCGGUGGAGACGAGCAGACCUCCUCCUCCGCCACCGACGGCCGCCGAGUCCAGCGGCGACGCCGCCCGGGCCACCACGAGCCUCGAGAGCCACUUCAGGAUCUACUCCAACCUCUGCGGCGCGCUCGUGCACUUCACCAAGCCUGACGCCAACUGCAUCCAGCACUGCGUCUGUGCCUCCAGCACCACCGGCGCCUCCGAGAUGAUGGAGCACACCCUCGAGCCACAGGACCGCAACAACCAUCGCCCAUCCUUCUGGUGCAGCCAAGGCCAGGACGACCCCAACGUGCCCGAGGCCCUCACCUACAGGCUCACAUCUGAUAUCUGCGUUAUCAGCGAGAUCAAGCUACAGCCGUUCCAAGCAUUCUUUGAGAAUGGCUCUCCCAUUUACUCUCCAGAGAUGGUACGGUUUCGGUUUGGCCAUUGCAAGCUUCCUCGUGGAAAAGAACCAUUUGGCAUUGAAAUGUUAGAGAACCAGAUAGUAAUCCCCGAUGAAAAUUUCGUGUGGACUUACUCCUCGCCAGAGUUCCCUGUGUUGCAGGAAAAUAUGCUUCAAUCGUUUAGACUUCCGCGCCCAGUCCUUUGCAUUGGUGGUGUAGUGAAGAUUGAACUGCUGGGCCCAGUACAGAAGCAUGCAGUAGAUGAUAAGUACUACAUAUGUGUGUGCCAUGCUCAAGUGAUAGGACGUUCACUUUCACCUGUCUUCAUGGUUGACAUCCCUGAUCCUGGUAGCUAUGCAGUCCUCAAGUACCUGCCGGGUGUCAGGAACCUAUGCUCUGAGGACGUGAAGCAGGAAGAUGCCAGGGACUCCGUGGACUCGGACUCCCUCAGUCUUUUGCCCAGCCCUACCUCGGAGUGGCACAAACUCGUGGCUAGGUUUAGGAAGAUGAGACAUUCGGCCUUGAUAGAUGUGCAACAAUUAAAUGAUGCUUUGCAUCCCAUCCAGUUGAUUGAAGAAGACGAUGCAGGCGUUGUCUGAGAUGAUGACCCAUUCGAGUAGGCUGGGCUGCGGCGAAAGAAACUGCUUUUACCAUUUUAUAGUCCCUUGCAAAACAUGUCUCGAGUCCGAACUUGUUAAUCCUCUUCUAAACUGGUCGAGAACAUAUAGUAUACCUAGUCAAGUGGUUGUGGAAACAAGAGUUGCGAGUAAAGAGUUCAUAUCAUGGUUUACAACUUUGCACAAUCAUGGUCGUCGUAAUAAGUUGUGUGUUCUUUCUUU